AUAACGGCAGAUGAAUGCUGCGAGGAAAACUGGUUAAACAUGUUAAUACCUUUGCGCCAACAGUGCCUUUUCUGCUGCAGUCAGAAUCUGGGGGUUUGAGGCCCCCUGUGGACCAAAAACGUCACAGUUGAAUAGCCAGCACUGCCUCCGGAACUGUCCGAAAGUUAGUCAGCUUUGCUAGUGGCAAGGAGAAGGCUAAACAUCAAUUUAACUUUAAAUAAACCGCUACAGAUUGAAACUUUUUUUAAUGCAUAUGGAGCUCAUUUGAUCAGAUUUCUAAAAUGAAGUGUAUUCUUGCUGACUCCAAGUUGGAAUUUACAGUUCUUUCUCUCUUGCUCACUUUUUCAUUGAUUUAUGGAACCCCAUCGAAAUACAGCUUAUUUCAGGGUAGCGCCUACUCGGGGGCUGCACCGAGACCGAGGAAUAAAAACUGGUGUGCGUAUGUUGUGCACAAGAACGUGACUUGCGCCGUCCUAGCAUCCACGGAAAGUUCAGUUGAAUCAGAGCUCGCGCCGUGCCCGGUGCAUCUCCCUGACUGCGCGCAACAACUGAUGUAUAGGACGAGGUUCCGGCCCACCUACAAAAUUGGGUAUAAGGUGGUGACUGAGCUGGAGUGGAGGUGCUGCCCAGCGUUCCAGGGCCCAAACUGCAGGGACCUCAAAGAUGCCCCUCCAAAACCGACACUAAUGUUGAGACCCCCCACACACACUCUCGCAGGCGUAGGACACACUCAACAAACGCAGAUUCCAGAGUCUGGAGAAAGUGGUCUACGGGGCCAGCAGCUGCAGGAUGGAGAGAAGGUCCGUCACCUGGAGGAGGAGGUCCAGCGGCUCUCCCAGACUGUGCUGGACUUGCAGGCAGCCAUGACCGGCAUGAACGAGAACCUGCGGGUGAACAUCCAGGAGGACACCAGCAAGAUGCUUGUGACACUUCUCAACAACAUGCGGCCGCCUAACAGCGCCUUGACCGGGGCUACAGAGAGCAUUCGACUGCAAGAGCACGGGCUGGGCCAGGACCCCAGGGUCCUGGAAGAGGUGAUGGCCAGACUCAGUGAUGUUACCGACACUCUGAAGAGCAAGAGCGACAUCCUGGAAGAGCUGCAGAGUACUGUGUCUGGUCACGAUGGCCAGCUGCGGCUGCUGUUGGAAGCCGCCCAGAGUCCUCAGGCCACUGCUCCUGCCCCACAGCCCCUUACCGCUUUACAGACCUACUUCGAUGGCAAGAUCGCUGACCUGAGGCACGAGCUCAUGGAGGGGAUUGAGAUCAAGAUGGCUGACCUGAAAAAUACCUGCGAGUAUCAGAUCGCAUCGAUGCAGGAGCAGUGCGAGGGUCAUGAUUCCAGCUACCUUAGCCUGGCGGAGCUCCUGGACUCCAAGGAGGCCGACCUCAGGAAGGAGAUCCAGGAUCUCAAGCUGAACGUUGAUGGGGAGGACAGUGCUCUCCGGAAGGAGGUGGGGCGCAUUUCUGAGGCCCACCAGGCCCUCAAUGCCAGGCUGGACAGUGAACUGGGGCACCUAUCGACACUUCAGACUGAAGAUGUUUUUAGCCAGCGCUUCAAGGACCUGGAGGCUCGAGUCAAUGCGACUGUAAAGAACUGUGAGGAGAACAGCAUCUACAUGGAGGAUAAGAUGAAUCAGCAGAUUGCAGACAAGGUAAAACAGCUGAGAAACCAGAUGGAGGAGAAGCUGAUCACUGUGGAAGAACAGUUCACCACAAUGCUGGUUGAGAUAAACAACUGCAGUACGUCUGGAGUAGACAGUCUGGCAGUGGACACUUUGCAGAGCGAAGUGAACUCUAACAUGCGCUUCAUUCAGGAUCUGGAGAAAAAGGUGAAUGCUCUGGGUGAAGCAUGCUCCAAAGACUGCAGCUCGAACAAGAAAACUAUUGAGAACAUAUUGCAGGAUGUUAAGAUUUGCAGGAGUGACCUGGAUGUAAUGAAUUCAGAUGUGGGUGGCAAUUCAGAUAAGAUCAGAGAACUUGAGGACCUCCUCCAGGGGCGCCUGCAGUCGGAGCAGCAGAACAGCAAGGAUUUUGCAGAUCUGCAGGGUGUGGUCAUUUCACUGAAGGACAAUGUUGGAGGCUUAGGAUUUACUGUUGCAAGCUUGGCCGAGUCUCUGAGCAUAUACUCACAGGACCUCCAGUAUGUAAAUUCCACCUGCGGCCAGACUGGCGUUGACUGCCAGCAGGAGGCUAAAGAGAUGCGUGAGCUUCUGGACAGUCGCCUGAUCGGGGCAGCUCUAGAUGUCAGUCAGGUGGAGGAGCUGAAGAGAGGCCUGGUCCAGCUCAGUGGCCAAGUCAGUGCAGAGCUCAGCCAAUGUAAGGAGACCACCGAGGGGGUCAAGAAGGAGGUGUCCAGCGUGGACGGCCGGGUGGCUAAUGUGGAGAAUGCGUGCAGCAAGCUGGACACCAUGUCUGACAGCCUGCUAAGAAUCAAAGAGGGCCUGAACAAGCAUGUUACCAGCCUGUGGACAUGUAUUAACCACAUCAAUGCCACCAUGAGAGUCCACUCCGUAGACAUCGGAGGGCUCAAGGGCUCCGUCCAGGAAUUCCAUACGCAACUCUCAGAUAUUGCCCAGGACUUUCAGGACCUGGCAACAAGCAGUCCUACCAAACCAGGUGCUAAUGUCAGACAGGGGAACCCCAAACCACCAACCGAGACCAGAAUCCACAUCCCCGUCAUCAUCCCCCAGAGGACACCGCCCGUCACCACUCGCCCCCGCCAGCCAACCACACGCCGCCAAACCUCGGGGCCCCACCCACCGAACGGCCCUCAGAAGCCUGUGAUAGAGGCGGGUGAGGCAGGGCCCCCGGGCACCAUGCGCAGGACCCUCCUCAAGCUGCCCCAGAGCGACGGGGCCAUGCCGACCUUCACAGGCUAUGCUGGGGCCCCAGGUUACCCCCCUCAGUCUCCUGUGCCCAUUAAUCCCAAAAUAAAUCCAGUGGCCCAUACACCGAAGAAGCCAGUAUCACAUAAGACUGUUGUGGCUCGAGGAGCUGGAGAUCACAAACCAGGGGAACCCUUUUCCUUUUCGGCUGGCAUCACCGUCAUGCCCUUCUCAGGGGAGACUGGAGUCAUUCGCUUCAACAAGGUGCUGGUCAAUGACGGAGGGCACUACGAUCCCCACACAGGUGUCUUCACCGCGCCUGCGGACGGGCGCUACCUGGUGAGCGCCGUGCUGACGGCUCAGAGGGGCGAGCGGGUGCAGGCGGUGCUGUCCGUGUCCAACCGCAGCGUGCAGAGGCUGGACUCCUGGGGAUACCGGCAGGCGCCCGGCGAGCGGGAGCCCAGCCCCGCCCCGGACAGCUGCAGCUGCGGAGGCUCCGCCUCCCUCAGCCUCGCGCUCAGCCUGAAGCGUGGGGACCGCGUCGGCCUGGUCCUCACCGGCGGCAAGCUGGCCGUGACCGAGUCCAGAGACGUCCUCUCCACCUUCAGCGCCGUCUUCCUCUACUCCCCCCCCAGCAGCACAUAGCCCCCCCCCCCCCUCCCCCACAAGCCCACCGUCAUCGCCAAGAGUGAGUGAGACGUCCAAAGGUGUGCUAGAAAAUAACACUAUGCAAUUUUGUGAUACGGAGCUUUAAUAUAUUUUGUCAACCUGUAUUUGUAAGAAUUUGCUUUUUUUUUUUUUUUUUUAUUUCCUUAAAUGUUAAAAAGUAGUUUGUUUACAAUGUUUUUGUUUCUUGUAUGAAACUAUGUAAAAUGAUUUUGUAUUUGUACUGUCUUCGAGACAACAGAUUGUAAACAGCCUCGUUUUGGGGAUCUACUGUAAUAAGAAAUGCUGUACACUUCCAAAAAGGAACACAUGAAGGCAACAUAUGUGGUUCAGACUUCUUCCAAAAUACGAGGACAGAUUUUUUAAAACAAAAUUGUAAUAAAUAAGGGUCUAGUACACCCAUAAUUGUCCUAAUGUAUCUGUAUGUUUGUACCUUUUUAAUAUAAAUUUCCGUAAGCGUAACACAUUUUUGUCUUGUGCUGGAUUAGCUAAAUUCCAGUUGCUCACAUCAGCGUUUUAAGCUUAGAUUCUUUUUAAAAAAAGAUGCUCCUUAAAAGGGGGCACGUAGAGCCCUGCGUAUCCCAGGAAACAGCUUCUACAAAGACAGGAAGAGGCAAACCUUCAUCCCCUCAUCGCAACCCCAAGCUAAUUUUAACAUUGCUGACACAGUAAAUAAAGGUUACAUCUGUUGUCAUUUCAAGCAGCUUUCUUCAUCCCCGAUGGGAGAACUGCAGCUCUUUGGGGUCACUGACCCAUCCUAAUAUAUUCCCCCUCGUCUAAAUACUCAGAAGCAACCAACACACCAGUUCUGUGGGUGUAUCCAAAUUAUUUGGCUUACAUAUUCAAAAAUGGUACCAUGCUUUGGUUCUAGGAAACAGAACUGAUGCAGUAUAGGACCAUUUGCUCAGGACGGAUGACUUACAGCUAGUUCAUUUAGUGAUUAUUUGUAAUUGAAUUUAAUAAAGAUAUCAGGAGUAUGGAGAAAAAAAAGGGUAUUUUUGUGAACUUCGAUUUACUAAAAUUGACUAAUGACGUCAGAAGUGUCAACUGAAACACUGUGUGAACAUGACUACUAAGAAGAUUAACUCUAACUAUGGCCAUCCUAAAUUGACCUAAAUCCUGACUUGAAAUUCUAAACCUAAUCUUGACGGCAUUCCUAGCUUUGAGAGAAAAUGUAUAGUUUCUAAUCUUUUUGUGCUAAAGGCCACUUAAAAUUGCUACCAUAAAACUGUAAUGAAUCUCUACUUUCACAGAAAAAAAAUACUUUCAGUGAGCAGUAAAGGCAAUUCAUCAUGGGACAAAAAAGUUUUGGUAACUUCAUUUUUUUAUUAUAGAUUUUUUUGUAAACAUAUUCCUCUUAUACAGCACUGUCAAUAUACAUAUAUUGAUACUGCAGAUAUUUAAAUAUAAUUGCGCGGGUACAAUGCGAUCGACUAGUAAGCUUUUUAACAGAAACAUACUUCCGCAUAAUAAACCAUAUUUAAGAAAUAAA